AUGUCAAAAAGUAAACAACAACAUCGUGAAGCGAUAGUCACAUUAAUAACAGGAGAUAUUUAUAUACCAGGAGCACUUGUUCUUGGUUACAGUUUAAAUAAAUAUAAUAGUGUAAAAGUUCAUAAUCGUGAUAUGAUUGCACUUAUUAAACAUGAUUCUAUAAAUGAUAAACAUCAUCUUGAAAUGCUUGAAGAAAUUGGAUGGAAAUUAAUAUAUGUAGAUUCAUUGUCGUUUCCUGGUACUGUUAUACCAAGAUUAGCUGAUGGAUUAAUUAAAUUGUAUGUAUGGAAUAUGACACAAUAUUCAACAAUUCUUGUAUUAGAUGCUGAUGUUAUGAUCAUCGGUUCAAUUGAAGAACCAUUAAGAAUCAUGCGAAGAAACAAGGAUCUUCCUUUAUUAGCAGUUAAUUUUCCGUUUUCUGCAAAUAAAUCAGAAAAUAAAACAUUUUUAACAUCAUAUUUCAAUGCUGGUGUACUUUUCUUACGACCAAAUGCUGAAGACUAUAAAAAACUUAUUCAUCUAUCUUCGAUUAAUACCUAUUAUCAUUUGAAAUAUCCACAACAAAAUCUAUUAAAUACUUAUUUUCUUGGUAGAUGGCUUGCUUUAUCAAUAAUUUAUAAUUAUACACAUCGAAAUUCAAUUUGGAUCACUCAAAAAAAUAAUAUUAGAAUUGUUCAUUUUGCAGGUAAACAAAAACCAUGGCAAAAACUUAAUAAUACUAAUUAUAAUGAUAAUGAUCAAUUAUGGCAUGAAACGGAUUUUAUAUGGCAAAAACUAUUUGCUGAUAUGAUUUAUCAAUAUGGUUGGCAAAAACAUAAUUUUUUAAGUUACAAUGCUUCUCAAGAGCUUCGAUUGACAUUUGACUUUAAUCGUUUGAGUCGUCGUUCAAUUUAA